UCCCUCCCCUCCCUUCUCAUUCUCUCUCAGCCUCCAGGCUCCAUCUGAUUCCUCUCACUUGACUCCCUGGACCAGCAGCCAUGGCUGAUAUGAAAACAGGCGUCUUUGCUAAAAAUGUCCAGAAAAAGCUCAGCAGGGCUCAGGAGAAGGUACUUCAAAAGCUUGGAAAAGCAGACGAAACAAAGGAUGAGCAAUUUGAGGAAUAUGUGCAGAACUUCAAAAGACAAGAGUCAGAAGGUACCCGACUACAAAGGGAGCUGCGUGCAUAUUUGGCUGCUAUAAAAGGAAUGCAAGAAGCAUCUUUAAAACUUACCGAAUCACUUCAUGAAGUAUAUGAACCUGACUGGUAUGGAAGAGAUGAUGUUAAAUUGGUUGGAGAGAAAUGUGAUGAACUUUGGGAAGAUUUUCAUCAGAAGUUAGUUGAUGGAGCUUUGUUAACACUUGAUACAUAUUUAGGACAGUUUCCUGAUAUAAAGAAUCGGAUUGCCAAGCGGAGUCGGAAACUAGUUGAUUAUGACAGUGCAAGACAUCAUUUGGAAGCAUUACAGAAUGCCAAGAGAAGAGAUGACGGAAGAAUUACAAAGGCAGAAGAAGAGUUUCAGAAGGCACAGAAAGUGUUUGAAGACUUUAAUACAGAUUUGCAAGAGGAACUGCCAUCUUUAUGGUCCAGACGAAUUGGUUUCUAUGUGAACACGUUCCAAAACAUAUCCGGUCUGGAGGCAAAGUUUCAUAAGGAAAUUACAGGGCUAUGUCACAAACUAUAUGAAGUAAUGACAAAGUUAGGCGAACAGCAUGCUGAUAAAGCAUUUACCAUUCAAGGAGCUCCAAGUGAUUCUGGUCCACUCCGCAUUGCGAAGACCCCGUCUCCACCCGAAGAGAUUCCACAGAUACCUAGCCCAUUAGCAAGUCCUAACCAUACAUUAGCACCAGCAUCCCCUGCACCAGCAAGGCCUAAAUCUCCUUCAAUGCUAAGAAAAGGUCCUCCUGUACCUCCACUACCUAAGCUCACUCCGUCAAAAGAACUGCAACAAGAAAAUAUCAUCAGCUUCUUUGAAGACAACUUUGUCCCUGAGAUCAAUGUGACAACGCCUUCACAGAAUGAAAUUGAAGAGGAAAAGAAAGUUGAAUCUUUACUAGAUCUAGACUUUGAUCCUUUCAAACCAGAAGCUGCAUCAGCAGGGAUAACACAAUCUCAUUCACCGAUGUCUCAGACACUGCCUUGGGAUCUCUGGACGACAAAUAAUGAUUUGGUGCAGCCAGCAUCCAGUAGUGCUUUUAAUGGACUCGCACAGCCUGAUGCACCCACAUCCCUCUUCACAAUGCAAUCGGAACAACCCCCUGUUGAAGAGACACCUGAUGCGCCUACAUCUGUCUUCACAACACAGUCAGAACAAACCACUGUUGAAGGGACAGUGGAAUCAGAUCUAGCUGCUUCUGUGGAGACCAAGAUUGAGGAGGCACAGCCUCUGUCUGACCUUCCUGCGGAGGACACUAAAGCUGAUGAGCAAAAUGAAUUAGCAGAAAAGAUAAUGGAAACUACUGAACCUGAAGAUAUCAAGACAGCUGAUGAAGCUGACACAGAGGGCAGCAAGGAACCUAUUGAAUCUGAAGAAAUCAAGACAGCCGAUGAAGCUGACACAGAGGGCAGCAAGACACAAUCUGAGAGUCCAGAAGAACAGCUUGUUGAGCCUACUUUAAGUGCUGCCGAAGAAAAGAAAGAAACUGAUCAGGACAGUCCUAAAGCUACUGCUGUGUCUCAGGACAUCCCCUGCAUACCAUCCGUUGUAAUAGAACCAGCAUCGAAUCAUGAAGAUGAAGGAGAAUAUGAAGCAAAAAGUCCCGUAGAAACUAAAGAUGAAACUGACGCCAUCCCUUAUUCAUCUGUUGAACAAGUUGAGGGCACCGGCAGUGACAGUAACAAUCUUCCCACAUCUGAGAGCGCUACGUCUCAGGAAAUACCUACUGGCUUCCUGUUUAAGGCUGAAGCACUGCAUGAUUUUGAGGCAGCAAAUGAGGAUGAACUUAACUUUAAAAGAGGUGAUGUUGUUUUGGUUAUUACCUCUGCAACAACAGCUGAUCAGGAGGCUGGUUGGCUUUCCGGCAUUAGGGAAGUGGACUGGCAAGAGUACAAGGAUGUGAACACUUACAAGGGACUCUUUCCAGAAAACUUUACUCGUAAAUUAGAGUAGAUAAUGUGAGGAGAGAUGUUGAUGAACGCUUCAUAUUUGGGUUUACUGACCUUCUGAGAUGACAGAUACAUUUGAGACUAUAAUGUUAACUGUUAAAGACUGGUGCCUGUCCCAGAUAAAGCUUGGUGAAACAUAUGAGCGCAAACAAAAUCCGCAUGAAAGCAAGAUGUAAGUUAUAUUCUACUAAUGUGUAAAUGGAGAAAAGUCGAUGUUGUUCACUUGUAUGCAACCACUGGUUUGUUUGUGCUUUGUCAGAAUGAAGGUUAGGUGAACCUUUCCCAUCUACUCUAAAUUCAGAAUGAUUUCAUUUAUUUGGAAGAUCAUUUUGAUAUCUAUCUUAAAUGACAUUGGAAGAAGUUGAUAAGUUAGGACUGUGUCCAGGACAGAGGCAUCUUGUAUUGCACUCUAAUGGUUAUCUGUGUACACCUAUUUAACGCGUGGUUCCUCUGAAAUAUAAGGAUUCCAGAUUCUACGGCUGAAGGACACUAUGCUUGUGAGAUCUCAUGGUGGAGCCAGGCCUUCUUCAAGACCACGAGUGACCCAGAAAGCUCUUUCACCCAUAAAAGACUUGUCAUAAUGCAUUGUGCAUAUCAAAAAUAAAAAAUAAACUUUCACUUCAACAUAGUACAUGUUUAAUAUAUUGUAUAUUGUUAAGUGGGACUCAAGUGUACCCUAUAUCAGCAUACAAACCUUAACUUCUGUGCACUGAGUCUAUAUUGUAUUGAAUUGCUGCAUUGCAGAUGAUUUUACUAGUAACUGUAAAGUAACAAGAGCAGAAUGAACAAUACCUUCACAAUUUUAUGUCUUAAUACCAAGGAACUGCUGCAAAACCUAUUUUUUCAGUGUCCUUUCCAGACAUAUCUAAUGCAGUUAUGUAUCAUGUAUGUUGUCCCUUACUGUAGUUUCUUAAGUCUGUAGUAUUAUUGACAAGUGCUUUGCUUUAUUCUCUUUUUGGCAUUGUGGUGUUUACUAGUUUGAUGCUAUAAAGCACGACUAGCUUCCAUUGCCAAAGCAAUUAACAACAUGUCUUCGUAAAUAAUGUGAAUUUUUCUUUAUAGUACCGACAGAAGGUGAAAGCAACAUAAAUGCACAACUAUUGGUCCUUUCUAGUUUACAAAAUAUUAGAAGAAUUUUCCCCGGAGAGAAGAUAUAUUUUACCAGCCAGCUUACACUAUAUACAAGAUUUCAAAUAUAUGAUGUAUCCAGUAUGAAAAUAACACCUGUAUCUAUUAUGUUUCUUUCAAUGUUGUGUCAUCUCUAAUAAACCUUUUGUUCAGCCACA